UUAAAAAAAAAAAAAGUGGAUACAGUUAAUUUGCGUCUCUCCAUUAAGAGCUCACUCUUGCUAGCAUACACACAUUUUCGUUCGUUCCUUUCCUUUCCUUCUCUCUCUCUCUAGCAAUGGAGUCGCGAUUGUUAUCACGCGCUUCUGUUAUCACCGGCUUACCUCAGCUCAGGCCGAAGCUUUCGCCAGGGAUUGUCAACGUUUCGUAUGCUUCGGCUAAGCCGAUCGGAGCCGUCGGUGAAGGCGGGAACGCCAUAUGGCGGAGGCAACUAAGGCCCUCCUUGCUACUCGAAUGCUCGUCGGUUAGCAAGCGAGAGGUUCUGAAACCGGUUUCGGCUGCCGCGUCGUCACCGGCCGAGGGAGGAAGCGAUUCCGCCGGGGAGGGGAAGAUCGCUCCGGUUGGAUUCUUCGAGAAGUAUCCUGCUCUUGUUACCGGAUUUUUCUUCUUCAUGUGGUACUUCUUGAAUGUAAUAUUCAACAUUCUCAACAAGAAGAUCUACAAUUACUUCCCUUAUCCCUAUUUUGUAUCGGUCAUUCACUUGUUCGUUGGGGUAGUUUACUGUUUGGUGAGCUGGGCCGUAGGCCUCCCUAAGCGGGCUCCUAUUGAUUCAAACCUACUGAAGUUGUUGAUUCCUGUUGCUGUAUGCCAUGGACUUGGUCAUGUAACUAGCAAUGUCUCCUUUGCAGCUGUUGCUGUUUCUUUCACCCACACUAUCAAAGCUCUUGAGCCUUUCUUCAACGCUGCUGCUUCCCAGUUCAUACUUGGACAAUCAAUACCAAUCACUCUAUGGUUGUCUCUUGCUCCUGUUGUUAUUGGUGUAUCCAUGGCAUCACUGACUGAGCUGUCAUUCAAUUGGACGGGUUUCAUUAGCGCAAUGAUUUCCAACAUCUCCUUCACUUACAGGAGUAUCUAUUCCAAGAAAGCUAUGACGGAUAUGGACAGUACAAAUGUCUAUGCUUAUAUUUCCAUCAUUGCUCUCUUCGUCUGUAUUCCCCCAGCCCUCAUUUUUGAGGGUCCUCAAUUGUUGAAGCAUGGUUUCAAUGAUGCUAUUGCUAAAGUGGGUAUGACUAAGUUCAUCUCAGAUCUUUUCUGGGUGGGAAUGUUCUACCAUCUCUAUAAUCAGUUGGCUACCAAUACUCUGGAGCGGGUGGCACCACUGACCCAUGCAGUGGGCAACGUGCUGAAACGUGUAUUUGUCAUUGGCUUCUCAAUCAUUGUCUUUGGGAACAAGAUUUCAACUCAGACUGGUAUAGGAACAGCCGUAGCAAUUGCUGGAGUGGCCGCCUACUCUUUCAUCAAGGCCAAGAUGGAAGAAGAGAAACGACAAAUGAAAGCAGCAUGAGAAUAAAAAAGGAGGCAAGGAAAUUGGAGGAAGUCCUGAUGAAGACCAAAUUUGAUUUUACCUUGCUGUUAUUGUGAAGUUUUUAUUUUUCCCUCUUUCUUCUCUUAUCAUUUCAUUUUAUUUUUUCUUUUAAAAUUCAGAGAACAACCUAUUUAUAACUGUGGAUCAGCCUGUGUUGACUGAAAAAUAAUGUGUACUGCUAUUACUUGUUCUGUCUCUCAAA